AUGUCCUACAACUGCUCCACAAAGAAANNCUCUUCCAGGCUGAUUGGAGGACAAUACACUGUGCCAGUGGCCCCAGUUGCCACAGUUUCUACCCCGGAUGUUGACUGCCUGAGUGGCAUCUAUUUGCCCAGCUCCUUCCAAACUGGCUCCUGGCUCCUGGACCACUGUCAGAAGACCUGCUGUGAGCCCACUGCUUGCCAGCCAACCUGCUACCAGCCAACCCCUUGUGUCUCCAGCCCUGUCCAGGUGACCUGCUCUCGGCCAACCACUUGUGUCUCCAAUCCCUGCUCAACUCCCUGUAGUCGGCCGCUCACCUUUGUCUCCAGUGGCUGUCAGCCCCUGGGCGGCAUCUCUACUGUGUGCCAACCAGUGAAAAGUGUCUCCACUGUCUGCCAGCCAGUGGGAGGAGUCUCCACCAUCUGCCAACCAGCCUGUGGGGUCUCCAGGAUGUACCAGCAGUCCUGCGUGUCCAGCUGCCGAAGAAUUUGCUGAGUUUGCAGGGGCCCGUGAACGAAUCAAGACUCCAUGACCUGCCAGCUGUGUUUCCAGGAUCUUCCAACAAGCUGCCUGUCCCUGAAUAACUCUUCAUUGCUGACCUCCUGUUCUAACUGCCUGAUUGCUGGCUGCCAGGCUUGAAUAAGCUGACUUUGGCAAUCUAACGUUUUUCUGGCCUGCACCAAUCUUGUUUUAAGGGUUUGAUCACUGGUGGCACGUAUACCUCUGGAUGUUUCCAGAAACUUACCACCCAUGCCCCAGUCUCUAAUGGUUUUGGCAUGUUUUGACCUAGCUUCUUUGUCUUCUGGCUUGUUUUUGUGCCUCGGAAAAAGGGAACUUGUUUCGCUCUGUAUUUCUCAAUAAACUUUAAUUACUUGGCAUUGCAAA